UACUUCGCGCUCGCCAUAUUGCCGCUGUGCGCUCGCGCUCUGCGGCGCAGGAGCGUCUGCUUGGCAAUUUUCUCUCCGCAGGGCUCGUGCUCGCCGGGCACCUGCAAAUGGCUGCACCGCGCCGAGAUCCACUGCAAUGCAAUCCGGGCGGCGAGUGCACGUCCAGUGCAAGGCCUAAAUGAGAGCACAGGGCCCGAUGGUGCAAGUGCGGAGGGCGCAUUUCUGGCGGCCUGGCGAAGGAGUCCGCGGUUCGCCCCGUGAAGCCUGCGGGACCCCCUGAGCGUGCGUGCACCCCGUUUGCAAGCGCCGAGAGCGACGGGCGCCCAGCCCAGCCCCCCUUUGGAGGAAGUUUGCGUGUGAUGUGCGAUGUGCCCUGCUGAUGCGUUGCUAUGGACUCUACGGAUAACACGGAGGAAAGAGAAGACGAAAAAUGCCCCACCACCGCUCGCGCUGCGACUCCUGACAUCAGCGAGGAUACUUCACUGCCUGACCAAGAGCAAAGCUUCGCGGCGGCCGACUCGAACAGCAGCAGCCCAGCCAAGUCGUUCGUGGCGUGCAAGGUGUGCGGAGAUAAGGCGUCCGGCUACCACUACGGUGUCACCUCCUGCGAAGGGUGCAAGGGUUUCUUCCGAAGGAGCAUCCAGAAGCAAAUUGAAUACCGCUGCCUACGGGAUGGCAAGUGCCUGGUGAUCCGGUUAAAUCGUAACCGCUGCCAGUACUGCCGCUUCAAGAAAUGCUUGGCUGUGGGCAUGUCUAGAGACUCGGUGCGGUACGGGCGAGUGCCCAAGCGUUCCCGAGAGCGGGGUGGCUCUUCAGGCCUCUCGGGCGAGGAGGGCCUCUCACUGGGCAGCCCCGGGGAGGCUGACCAGUGUGCACGGGACCUCGAAAGCCAGCAACUCGCCAUGUACGACAUCAUCCUGACCAUCUCCCAGGCGCACCACGCCCACUGCGCCUACACGGAGGAGAAGACACGCGCCCUUGUGCGCCGGCCAGCGAUCUUCAGCCUGGAAGAGGUUGGGGGCAGUGGCGAGGGCCCAGGCAGUGCGCCGCAGCCGGACAGCCCCGAGCAGAGCAAACUGGGCCUAUGGCAGCAGUUUGCCACCCUGGUGACCCCCUCGGUCCAGAGGGUGGUCGAAUUCGCCAAGCGGGUGCCAGGAUUCCUUGAUCUCGUCCAAGACGACCAGCUCAUUCUCAUCAAGGCCGGCUUCUUUGAAGUGUGGCUGGUGCAUGUAUCUCGAGGAGUGCUGGUUGGUCUCCCACACGACACGCUCACCUUCAGUGAUGGCACCUACCUCAUUCGGCAGCAGCUCGAGCUUAUGUUUGAUCACGACUUUGUAUCAGCAAUGUUCAACUUCUUUGUGGCUUUCAACAACCUUCAGCUGAAUGACACGGAGAUUGGCCUCUUCUCAGCCGUUGUGCUACUCACAAAUGAGCGCAGCGGGCUGUACGACAGCAAGGCCAUCGACAUGGGCCAGAGUCGGCUGUGUGAGGCGCUGCGGCUGCAGGCGGGCCGCAACCACCCGGGGGACCCGGGGCUUCCCGGGCGGGCAUUGGCCUUGCUGGGGCCCCUCCGUGCCCUGGGGCUGGCACACGCCCGGCACCUGGCUUGGCUGCGCCCGCACUGGCAUGCCUUGCGCCUGCCCCCACUCUUUGCGGAGAUCUUUGACAUCCCCGCUGCACAGCCCCAGACGCCACAGCAGCAGCAGCCGCAGCAACAGCAGGCAACAGAGGACGCCGCUGUGGCAGGAACAGCUGCUUCUUGAAGGCUGCUCUCAGGUAGCCCAUCUCCACAGCGCCAUUGGUCCUCACCAAUGUUUUGAGUGGUGUGAAUCUGGACAGAUCCCGUGAGGCAUCAGCAGACUCCUGCAAGAAUCUCAUUGUGGGACCUUUUCUGUCCAUCAUCAGUAAUUUAUUUCUUCAUGCGGUGGCCAUGGCACAAAUGAUGAGCCCGCAACAUUUUCGCGCCGCCUCAAACUGUGCUGUCCUGUGGACCUUCCUGGAACGAUUGCCUUUCAUGGACAUCUCAUAGGCAUUCCUGUUCUGGGGCAGACCACAUGGGUGUGAUGGCAUGGAAAUGCUAUGGCUGUUCUGUGUUUUUACGAGUAGAUAAAUGGUAUGUGGGCAAAAACACAAGGCAAAGUCUGUGUUAACAACCACGAUGAGGGAAGGUUUGCUAAGUAAGUCUUGGGUAUAGGGAGUCCUAUGAUGCUAGCUCCCGCAAUAGAGUGUCAACACAUAGCUGCACAGGACACCACAGUAGAAUGAACAUACUCACCUUGACGCUAGUGUUCGAUAAAGUCGGCACAUGACAGUCCCGGUUGUACAGAUCUUGCCCAAGGUUCAGAGAUUACUAAGUCCACUGCAGCAUCUUACGGGAAAGCUUGAAGAUGGCCUAGUCGGUGCACCAUCAUUCUAGAUUGCACUGUAAAAUGUGCGAGAUAGCUAAACUCAAUCAGUGAGAACAACUACGGUGAAAACAGACAGGCUGUUCUUGUUAGGUAGAGUUUUAUGACUGGCCUGCCUUCCUUUAUGUGUCCUUGUUGGGUGCAUUCAUUGAGGUCUGCUUGUGAGAAAGAGUAGUAUCAGCUUUAAGUGUGUACUUCAAAUAUAAAAAGCAAGGUGAUCGGUGUUCGUUCUAACUGUGCUUGUAAUGUAUAUAGUGUACAGUGUUUUAGGCAGCAUCAGCUCUCCAUAUUAUUUGACUGUUCAUACGCAUAGCUCCUCUAUCGUCCAUGAAUUUAAGUCUCUUGUCACGCAAAAUGUAGUAGGUUAUGUUUAUUUAUAGCCCCAGUUAGGCUUGCACGAUCAGCACUGUGAAGUUGGCAAGUAAGUUUUCUUACAGUAGCCGACAAAUUUUUAUGCACUCUUUUUCAAAAUUUUCUGAACCAAUUUAUGGGGGGAAAAGCUGCACAUAGGGUAAAUAUGGUUAUCAUUCAUUGUGAGCUGCUAUUCCCACUUUGAAAUUUCAUCAAGGUCAGCAGUAAGUCGCCAUUUUUGGCAGGAGAUAUGCGUCUUUUGCACGUCUAGCACCAAGACUAGUAUAGCAGCCAUCGGAAUAAGGUAUGUGCGUGCUGUCCAGUCAAGUUCGAAUUAGCUGGCGAGGACAAUUUCAGGAUCAAAAUAACGAAAGUUUCAGCCCGUAGAAAAUUAUGGGUGCCUGACGGAGCUGUUGGACGAGAUCAAAUUAACCGACAAAUAGCAGUUUUGCCCAUAAUGCGAAGCGGUAACGUGACAGCUGGCACAAUAUUAUGUGCAGCAAGUCGUGCACUGUUCUUUCUAGCAUCAGUUGGAGUAAGCAUUUGCAGAUAUGCAAAUUUAUGUAGCUGACAGAGUGUAAUUUAAUAAAAUUAUUCUUCCAUCAAAUAGUUUUAUAGACUGCUCAGUUUCUCAGCAAUCUGAGAUUCCCAGUCUAAUGAAAUUGGUCAGCAUCUUUAGUAUUUGGCAAAAGAUUAUAUGGUAGCUCUUGCAGCUUCACUGAUAAGUGUAUUGCGUGUAUUUUUAUGUAGCUAUAAUAGGUUAGUCUGAUGUUGUGUGUAUCGAAUAACCGGAGCGACUGAUGGCAUCUGUAAAAUAGGGCGUACACGUUCGUGAACAUUAUUCAUGUUUUACAUUCUUAGCCUCCUCGUUUCUUUUGUUUAAUUUAUGUCUUAAUGUUGCAUGGUUGCAUUCAAGCUGGAUCAUAUGUGAACAAAGCAGAUCACCAUCUACUCUCAACAUGUGCACCAGUUCACCACCAGCAUUACGUGCACAUUUUGUGCUUGUUUCUCUCCAUAGAACCUAUGCAUGACAUCAUUUUCUACACAUCAUGGUCAUUGAAGCACGUCAGCAACAUCAGUUUGAUAGUAGUGCAGUCAUCAGUCUGUUAUGAACCUGUUCCACUUCACUGCCAAUAAGUCUUCAAAAGGCCUUUCCAGGUUCAGCUGAUGGCUAGGCAAUUCUCUGUUUGACUUAUAAACUGUUACAUAUGUAGAGGUGUUAUUUUGAUGCAAAAGGAGAACAGCAUUUCAAAUAGGUAGUGAUUGUAGCAGCUACACUGUGAAUCGCACCUGCAACAUCUCGGUUGUAAAUGUCAUGUAGGAAUAACUUUUAAGUAGUUUCAGAAACCCGUGUGCAAGCCUUGCGAAUUGGAGAGAGGAAGGGAGAGAGGUGAUUUUGCUAUCUACACUCAGAAUAUUUAUACAACAAAGCAGUACGAGACAGGUCACAAGCAUACUCACUAUGCUGUAACAGCCGUUAAAAAUGAAAAUAUAUAGGCAUUUUUAUUUUCUCUUGUUUUCAAAGAUGCAGAUGCACAGGAGCGUACUUUAUUGUGCAAAUGCUUUUCUGUACACCUUUGUGCACAAGGGGGCUGUUCCGUCUUGAAAGGUGCUUGCUUUGCCGUUUUUCCCCGAGUGGUGCUUUCUCUCGUCUUUUCUUCCGUCUGUCUGCCCCAGAACAGGAUGCUAGUGCUUGCCGCAUCAUGGUGUGCCAGUGUUCAGACUACUGCUGUGUUCUCCAGAGUGUCCAGUGUCGCUGCUGAAUAUGCAUUUUCGGAGGCACCUGUGGUCCAGAGCAGUGCGCCACCUUUUGAAUUGUGCAGAGGAGGCCAUCUGUUUUCUCACGCACGCACAUGCAAAUGCGAUGCUUGCUGGGAACACCUACUAGCUGCCUCUUCUCGGGCUCUGCAAGUGAGUGUGGCACUCAACAGGGCAACCAUUUCUGCCGCCACUGUCCCACCAGGAGCUGGGCUCAAGUAAUGGUGGUGGCAGAGGCUGGCGACAUCUUUGACAACUACGACGAUGACGUCCUUCCUCAUUUGGUGUCAUGUGGAGACUUGCCCCAUUUGUUGAUGAGUGUGUGUGUGUGGUGCAUGCGUGAAGUUGUGGUUCACUGCCAAGGUCUUGCCCAGCCUUCAUUCUAAUGCAUACUACAGUUGCUCACUGUUCUUGUGGUUCCUUGUUACCCGAGCCAGAUUGAUCGCAACCAUUAUUGCCCUCUUCAAACUCAUCGUCGUAAUCUGCUGUAGGUUGUUGAUUGGUGACGUAAGUCGGGGUGCAAGAUGCUAGCUGCCCAAUACGUGUAGCUUUGGCACAAAGCCUGGUAAAAGUGGGUCGGCUUGUACAUUGAGGUGUACACCCUUCUUGUGUUUUAACAAUGUCACGGAAACAUUGACUAGCAAGCAAGUCUGUGCAUAGCAGAACAGCAGAAUUGAUGAGCCUUAUCACUGUGGAAAUUCUUGUCUUUCAAUUUGUAUGAUUUCUUAUCCAUUGGCAAAGUACCAAGUAUCCAACCGCAACAAUAAUGGCUGUCAGGUAGCAUGCAAGCCCUGAAAAAUGGCAAAAGGAAUGGAAAGUGGAGUUGCUUCUGGACAUGGCUCCAUUACAAGCUAUAUAUGCUAGACUAUUGUUGCUUUUAUAAACAUUUAUUGACUUUCUGAAACAUUGAUCAUUUCGUGCCAUUUGGAUGUGGCUGUGGCACCUGCAUUGAGCCCCUAUUCUUUUCUUACUUGCUUGAAAUACACUGAUAAAAAGGGGGAAAAACAUACUUUAAAAUAAACAGAACAAUCCACGGACAUGAAAAAUUCGUUAGACUGGUUAGUUAUGUUGCACCUGUUCACUACUACUCAUUCCCUCUAACAAUGGUGCAAGAAGUUUGCUGCACAUAAUUGCAAGAAGUUUGUUGCAGCUCUUCCUUACAAUGGCUAAAUGAUCCUUGUGCCACCCUAGAUUUACAAGUAUGCAUUAACUUGCCUACUUUUAAACAGCACUGCCAUGCCGACUUGCGUAGCGAUCAGUGCUCAAACGACAUUGUUAAAAGGCUUUGAAAGAUGUGCACCAACAUUGGUGUGCGAGCUACCUUCUGUGAAAGUGUGAACUCAUUAUAUGCACUGUCUACCAAUGUUCACUUUGCCAGCCACAGUUUGUCUUGCGUGGCACCACAUAUGCAUGGGCAGCUAAGAGUUGUGUUGGUUGGUGGCACAACAUUCCAGUGGCUUAAAUAAUUUGUGAAUUACAAUACUGCCAGACGAAUUUGUGGCCUUAUUUUCCGCAUGAGCUUUUGCGUACUUGGAGCUACAGCACUUUUUCAUCUAUGGCAACGUAGCUGUAAUCCUCUUUUUUUUUUUUUCAUGAAUUGUUCGUACCCGAGUGCAGUUCACCCGGUGCUUAUAGCAGUACUUCAUAUGCCUGCAGAAAAAGCAUGACAUUUCCUCUGGAGUUCUUGCGUUCCUUUUGUUCUGUCAUGGAGUUUAUGUGUAAAUGCUCAAGUUACUACGAGUGGAAGCUUUUGUAGCCGCUUGAUAUGCCACAGUCACUGGCAGUAACCAUUUUCUAUAUUCAUGCUGGUGUAUGUGUAUUAGAUACGAGGAUAUAGUCUUUUGACCCAGCAGUGAAAGUGAUUUUAUAGAUGCUGUUUUGAAGUCACUGUUUGAAUGUGUUGGUGGCAAGUGUGGAGGCAGUCAUGCCGUACAAGAUUGAUAACAUCUUCAUUAAGGUUGUUGGGCGGGCAUUGGUUUUUCACUCACAAAUUAGCCUUUGCACAUAUUGCUAUGUAAUCAUGCAAUCCACAUAACAAUCAAAAUUAAAAAGUUCCUUUUUUUUCCUUCUUUUUUGUAGUCCGUUGACAGUUCGGUGGUCGGCAUCCCUAAACACGAUCUUGUACAUUACGAGAUAUCCCUGUGAAUCAAACUUUAUACACUUGAGGUAAAGUAAGAGCAGAUUUUUUGUUCAUAGCACAAUUCUGCACUUUGUAUUGCACUAGUUGUACAGAGCCUAAAAAGUGAAUGUUGAUUGCCCGCUGGGAACGUGCUUUUGCAACGUGCUUCAAAUGCAUCCAUUGGAAGCUUAAAGCAUAAGAGUACGUUAUCCUGUCGUUAACUUUUCCUUGUGCGGCUCCCAGUGCAGUAGUUUUGUACAUAUUUAGUGUUUUACACUUCAGCUAGGGCAGGUUUUAUGCUGUAAAAAAAAAAAGUGUAGUAAGCGACAGCUUUUAGGAUAUCAUUGUUUUAUUUUUUACUUUGAACCUUAACUUCUGCAUACUGUACCACAGACAAAUCUGACUUCUUGGAUGCGGUGACCAUCUUGCAAAGCUGUAGGUAGCUGUUGUUCGUCACCUUGAGUGUGUUGCUGUAAUUUUCAAGGGUCUGUACCUGUUUCGUCCAGAGGCGUGAUUGUUGGUUGAGAGCCCUUCCACGUGUUAGAGCACUGUUAAUACUUGAAUGUUUGUUCUUUAUAUUAAAAAACAAAACAAAAACAGACUUGCCCAUAUUGUGGAGGCGAGUGGUGCAGGUGAUGUGUUAUACAUGAGCAGUCAAGUGAGCAGUAUGUCUUGCUUGUCUCAUAACCAUUGCAAGUGUACUUGUUGUUCUGUGUAUAGUUUAGGGCUUUUAUUUUUCCCCCUACUUGGCCCACACUUUUUUUCUCUGUUUUGAGCAGGCAUCCCAACACAGCUCAGGUGAAAUCUGCACCAAUGCAAAGCAUUUAGAAUCUCGUUCAGGCAGCUUGGUAGGAAAGUGAUUCGCAGCACAAGGCAUGCUCAGUGCUGACAUCACAAAAAAAAAAAAAAUGCAAACGAGGUGCAGAAGGAAUAGAUACAUGCUCGGCGCUUGGCUGUGGCACAAGUACUCCACUUGCUACAAGGCCUGGCUGAUCCAUAAGUUAUAACGAAUUGCCCACAUGUAAACUCCAGUUAAUUACUUUACUAUAGGUGCCUGUAAAGAACCCCAGAUUGUCAAAAUUAUUUUAAAAUCUACUGCAGCGUCUCUCAUAGCCGAAAUUUUCCUUUAGGUCAAUCCUUUGAAUCAGUUAGUCACUCUAGUAAGCUUACAGAUAAUGCUUGCAUAAAAAUGGCUUUCCAAAUGUACAUCCAAGGGCGCAGUUUUAUAACUUCAACUGUUACGUAUCAGAGAGGCAAGCCAACUUUAAGGCAUCCGACAGAGCAGGUCAUCUCAAGUCCAUAAAAUUUCGUUGAUUGAAGGUAUGUCUGGGCCAUAGUAAUAGUACUUGAUGUGAACGGAACAGGCUGCUGCUCUAUUCAGAUGCUGAGCAUGCUCUAUUGCUUGUGCCUUGUCUCAAGUUUAUCUUUCGCCAAGCCAACGCCUGUGGUACUACCGCAGUGCCACUCCUUUGCUUAGUUUCUCUUGACCAAGUUGACAAGUCCCAGCUGGUGAUCAUGCUCACAUUCCUUUGACCCUUCUUUAAAAAGCUUCGUACAGUCUGUGAAAUACAUUGUAUGUAGAAGUUGCUUGGUCUAUGUACUAUGAGCCUGUGCUGACUUUGCAGCGCAAUGGUGUUUCGAGGUGUAGGCAGCCAUCUGUUGAUUGGUGAAUUGACGGUUUUCUUUUCAGGUUGCUUUAGUGGCAGCUGAGUCACCAUAUCUCAUCCUUCUUGGCCAGUGGCAGUUAUGCAAGCUGCUGGCCAAUGGGGCUCUCUUAAGAUGUGCAAGACUGGCACAUUUUCCAUGUCUGUGCAGUGUAUUUCAAGCUUUUUUUUUUUUCUUUAGUUUGUUCUACACCCCAACCGGUGAGUAGGCACCAGUGAAAAGACAUACAGUGGCACAACCCAAAACAUUAUCACUGCCAGAAUCAUUCUACUGGGAAUGUGGCACAAUACAUUUUGCUCACCUCCUUGUCUUUGUUUUCAUUGUGGAAACAGUGUCAACAGGUUCUCUGUACUAGUUGUUACAAAAUAAAGGAAUGUCUAUUCAACCCUG